GUUCCGCUUUUGUGAACCACUCGAUCGAACUUAUUUCGGAGCCCAGACACCAGACACCAGCCAAAAUGACCAAAGAUGUGGAUAGUGCGGAAAGAGAUAAUAAUAUUGGUGCUGUUACCGUUAAUAACGAGACAAACGGUCUAAUUCGGAUGGAGACUAAAUCAAACGAGGCUGUUGCAUCGGAGACAAACGGCACUGGAAAUGGUGAAAAUAAAUCGGAGUCGAAUUCGCCCCAACCCCACGGAAUUCAAAACAAUGAGGAUGAUGCUUCGGAUGCUGAUGAGAACGAGCUGUUAAUGCGCAUGCGUGGUGAUGCUGUUGGCGAGACAAUGUUCAGCAAGAAAUUUAUAUUACAGACAUUGAUGCAACUCAGCCAGCAGCUACCACAUACAGCAUUGGAGUUGGAGUUAGAGGAUGAUUUGUGCAAGGUGUGGGAUAUGUCUGUCUCCCCGGAAGUAGUUGCUCUGCUACUCGAGAAUGAUGCCAUUGAGCUAAUUAUGUUUGCCAUCUCCUCCAGCGAGGAUGUGCGUCUGUAUGAGAUUCUCAUUGGACUGCUGGGGAACAUGUGCGCGCAAGUGGAGUGUGUGGAGCAGCUGACGGCACGCGCUGAUUGGAUUGAAAUGCUGCUGAAGCUAAGCACCUGCAUGGAUACGAGCAUGCUGAUCCAGUUGAUGCGUGUAUAUCAAUAUGUGAUGGCACAUGUGGUCAGUGGCAAGGAGCAACUGGCCAUUGAGUGGUACAUUUGCUUUGCCGCCUUCGAGGGCUCAGCAAAGAAUCUCGGCUUUAUACUGCAGCAGUCAGUGAGCGAUGAGCUCCUUUUGGCCGCUCUUAAAGCCAUUAAUGCUGUGCUGGCAAGCUGUGCCCUGGUCGAGGAGGAGAACGCCCAGACGCCGGAUCUCAAGUUAAAGCCCUUCUCGGAAGUAUUUUUAGUACAGGAGCUUUGCGAGGGCGUUAAUAAUGCUUUUAUUCGUCUAAUGCGUGAUGAUUUGGCAAAGCAGGCGGAUGAAGUGGAUGGAAUCGUUACCGAUCAGGCACCCAUCACCGUCGAUCCAAAUGGUAUUGACGAUGAUGGGGACGAGAUGAGUACACCAAAAAUAAACUGCGACAUCGAAGUAAUUCAAACCUACCUCAAUAUAUGCACGAUACUGGUGCAGCUGCCGGAGGCGCAGAUGUCCAUGGAUGUGUAUACACCCAGCAUUAUGUUUUGUUUGACCCGCAUCUUACUGUUCCUGCAGCAGCCCAAUCAGCUGUUGCCACUGGGCGAGCGGCAGGAGGAGUAUUUGGAGGACCUAGCGCAUAUAUGCAGCUGUCUUAAAUAUUUCUAUGACAAGGCUGCCUUUGCCAAUUUACUUGGCGUGUGGACAACUUUACGUCAGCAUAUUGAAGACUAUACCGAAUACGAUGAAAAUGAUUUUGAAGCUUACGAGGAUGAGCCUCGUUCACAGUACGAGGAAAACGCUUUUAAAGUGUUGCGCCUAUUGGCGCACAUGUUCGUCCGCGCGGAUGUUCCAAUUCUAGUUAGGGAUAUACAAGAAAUUGAUGCUAUGAAAGUGGAUAUGUUUCGAGCUGCCUUGCAGACGGAACAGGUGGAUGAUGUACUGAUUCAGAGGGCACAUCAGCGCCUUGGCGUGGUUUUAAACGAAGUAGCUGGCAAAGCCAAAUAAUACUCAUAAAAA